AUGGCCACCGUCAAUAUCCGUCGUAACGUUGACGACAAGUUUUACCGAUACAAGAUGCCCUCGCUGCUCACCAAGGUCGAGGGUCGCGGAAACGGUAUCAAGACCGUGAUCCCCAACAUGGAGGAUGUCGCACAUGCGCUCGCUAGGCCACCGACCUACCCGACCAAGUUCUUCGGCUGCGAGCUCGGUGCUCAGACCACCUUCGCCAACGACCGCUACAUUGUCAACGGGUCGCACACUGCCGAGCGCCUUCGCGAGCUCCUCGACACCUUUAUCGAGAAGUUUGUUCUCUGCCCCUCGUGCAAGAACCCCGAAACCGAGUUGAUCAUCACCGGCAAGGGCAACAGCGAGGCGAUCCACCGGGACUGCAAGGCCUGCGGCAGGCAGAACGACAUCGACAUGCGCCACAAGCUCACCACCUUCAUCCUCCGCAACCCGCCCAAGAAGGACAAGGGAAAGAAGGGCGGCAAGCAGAUGACCGCCACGGCGAACGUUGGCGGUCCCAUGGUGUUUGAGAAGGGGACGAACGGGAACGUGAAUGCCGAGGAUGGGUCGGACGACGGUGCUCAGUCGCCUGAUAUCGGUCUCGCUGCCGCCGUCCCGACCAGCGGGACCGACAUUGACGACGCGCUCGGCCGGUCCGACCCGAUCCUCGGCAACCCCGAUGCCGCGGAGGAGGUGUCCAAGAAGCUCGAAGCCCUCAACGUGGACGAGGAUGACGAGGAGGAUGCCAACUCGCCGUACACGGCUCUCGGAUCUUGGCUCAAGGAGAACAAGACGGCCGAUGACGCGGCUGUCAUUUCCAAGAUCAAGGAGUUGGAGAUUGUCGGCAAGCACAAGGUCCUCCUUGAGAUUGGCCAGCAUCUCUUCACCGAUGAGAUCGCCAAAGAGAUCGGGAAGCGUGUCUCUCUCCUCCAAGUCCUGGUCCAGGCCAACUCUGAGAAGCACCAGAAGUCCCUUCUUGGCGGUAUCGAGCGUCUCCUCGCCCUUUCGCCUCAAUCCGAGCAGCUUCUCGCCGCUGGCACCACCUCCAAGGUGCUCAUGGCGCUCUACCAGGCCGAUAUCCUCGAGGAGGAGGUCGUCCGACAGUGGGGCACCCAUGUCAGCAAGAAGUAUGUCGACAAGGACAAGAGCAAGAAGGUCAGGAAGAGUGCGGAUGCUUUCCUCAAAUGGCUCGACGAGGCCGAGGAGUCUUCGGAGGAGGAGGACGAUGAGUAG